AUGUUAGCUUUCUUCUUGAUAGCCAUUGCUUUGUCAACUCCAACAUUUGAAAAGUGGAUUCACGCGAAUCACAAAGUCUAUGCCAACAAGGCAGAGUACCUCUACAGAUUGGCUGUCUUUCUUGACAAUGCAAAGUUUGUAGCAGCAAAUCCGAAUACUGAAUUGAAUGUAUUUGCUGAUUUAACACAUGAAGAGUUUAUUAAGUCCCACCUUGGGGCGUCUUAUGAAGUCCCCGAAGUUGCAACAAUCAAACAAGAAGUGAAAUCAGUUCCAGAAUCUGUUGACUGGAGAAGUAUCAUGAAUCCAGCAAAGGAUCAAGCCCAUUGUGGCGGGUGUUGGGCGUUCUGUACUGCUGCAACAAUGGAAGGAAGAGUCAACAAAGACCUUGGGACUCUUUACUCAUUCUCGGAACAACAAUUGAUUUCUUGUGAUCCAACUGACAACAAAUGUAAAGGUGGACACCCAAGCAAUGCUUUUGCUUUCAUCAAGAGUAACAACGGAAUUACUUUAGAAGAAACUUAUCCAUAUAUUGCAGACAAUGGAACUUGUAAAACCGGAGUUAGAAACAUUGCAACGGUGACUGGUGCAAAAAGAGUGACAGACGGAAGUGAGCCGGGUUUACAAGAUCUCACGGCAACUUAUGGACCAAUUGCUGUUGGAAUGGACGCUUCUCGUGUUUCUUUCCAGUUGUAUAAGAAAGGAACUAUUUAUAACGACGAAAAAUGCAAAAGAUUUGUGAUGGAUCAUUGCGUCACUGUUGUUGGGUAUGGAAAGAAUGAUGAUGGUGAGUACUGGAUCAUCAGAAACUCAUGGGGUGAAAGUUGGGGUGACAAAGGCCACUUUUUGUUAGCUCGAAACCAAAACAAUAGAUGCGGUAUUGGUAGAGAUUCCAAUUUGCCAGAAGCUGUCAAACUCGUCUAA